CAGCAUUUGCAGGCUACUUAAGUAAAGUAGUGGAAGAAAAUACUCCACCAAAUAUGGGAAAAAAAGGAUUAAAAAUAAUGACUGGAAAGAAGAAAGGCAUCCAGGGCUAUUACAAUUCUUGUUACUUAGACUCAACUUUAUUCUCCUUAUUUGCUUUUAGUUCUGUCCUGGAUACUGUGUUACUUCGACCCAAAGAAAAGAAUGAUGUAGAGUAUUAUAAUGAGACCCAGGAGAUACUAAGGACAGAAAUAGUCAAUCCUCUGAGAAUAUAUGGAUAUGUGUGUGCUACAAAAACUAUGAAACUGAGGAAAAUACUUGAAAGAGUUGACGCUGGAUCAGGAUUUACAUCUGAAGAGAAAGACCCUGAAGAAUUUCUAAGUGUCCUGUUUCAUGAUAUUUUAAGGGUUGAACCAUUGUUAAAAAUAAGAUCAGCAGGUCAGGAAGUUCAGGAUUGCGAUGUCUAUCAGAUUUUUGUAGAAAAAAACAAAGAAAUUGGAGUUCCUACAACUGAGCAGCUGCUAGAGUGGUCUUUUACCAACAGCAACCUGAAAUUUGCAGAGGAACCAUCAUGCUUGAUUAUUCAGAUGCCUCGGUUUGGAAGAGACUUCAAACUGUUUGAAAAAAUUUUUCCUUCCCUAGAAUUAAAUAUAACGGAUUUGCUUGAAGACAGUAAGUAUAUAGUCCUUUCUUUGUUUUUUUGUUUUGUUUUAGAGAUAGUUGACCUGGACUUUUCAUUAGUUAUGGGUAUAAUACUUCUGACAGGUAAUUCAGUAUUUGAAGAGCUUAGACAUACUAACUCAAUAAUUUGACUGCUAGAAUUUAUUCUAAAAAAAGGAGGUAAAAAUAAAUCAUUUAAAUGGAAAUUUACUUACUAUCUGACAAGAAAUUAGAGACAAGUC